CAAAACUUACGUGUUCUGUUUAAAAGCCAAAGCAGCAUCAGAUGCUGCUAUUUCCUUAGCUGCUCCGGAGAAGAACCAGAAGGGCUUACAGAUACACAAUGGAAAUUGAAUUGCGAGAUUAUCAGUGGGAGGUUGUGCAGCCUGCUCUCGAGGGAAAAAAUAUCAUCAUAUGGCUACCGACUGGUGGAGGCAAGACCCGGGCAGCUGUGUUUGUUACCAGAUAUCAUUUGGGCACAAGAAGUGGAGGCAAAGUAGCUGUUCUUGUAAAUAAGGUACCUUUGGUGAAUCAGCAUUAUGAAAAUGAGUUUAAACCAUUCCUAACACCUAAUUAUAAUGUGAUUCCAAUAAGUGGUGACACCGAGCUUAAGGAGCAAUUUGCAUAUAUCGUACGGAUGAAUGAUGUUAUCAUCUGCACAGCACAGAUCCUGCAAAAUGCACUGAUCAGCACAGAAGAAGAAAAACACGUAGAGUUAACAGAGUUUUCCCUGCUGAUAAUUGAUGAGUGUCAUCACACUCAGAAGGAUGGAGUGUAUAAUAAAAUCAUGGCCCAGUACAUUGAGGCGAAGCAUAAGAAAGUGAGCAAAUUACCACAAGUCCUUGGACUCACAGCGUCUCCUGGAACUGAUGGCGCCAAUACAUUCGACAAAGCAGUGAACCAUAUCUUACAGAUCUGCGCCAAUAUGGAUGCUCAGAUGAUUACGUCCUCUACAAAGUGUAAACAACAAUUGGAUGAUGUAGUCCCUCAGCCUAUGAAAAUAUAUGAUAUUAUAGAAGAAAGAAAACAGGACCCUUUUGGGGACAAAAUUAAAAUGAUGAUGACAAGCAUUCACUCCCACCUAGAUGAUUCUUCAAUCACAAGGAAUUUCGGGUCACAGAUUUACGAACAAGCUGUGGUGGAGCUGGAAAAAACAGGUGCCAUCGAAUCCAACAGAGUAAAGCGUGCCUGUGCACUCCACCUUCGGAAGUACAAUGACUCUCUUCUGAUCAACGACACGGUGCAGAUGUUCGACGCAUAUUGUUACCUGGAGGAAUUCUAUGAAAAUGAAGAAAAAAUGAAAGCUGUUCUGGAUCAGACCGAUCGAUUCCUGUUUAAGCUGUUUAAUGAUAACAAAGAACAGCUGCUCUCACUUGCGUGCAAGAAAGACUAUGAAAAUCCAAAAUUGGACACAUUGGAGAACAGACUCCUAGAGCAGUUUAAGGUCCCAAACUCCCAAGGAAUAAUCUUCACAAAGACGCGGCAGAGUGCACAUGCCUUGUUUGGCUGGAUUACGAAGAGCACAAGGUUGAUGGCAGCUGAAAUCAAAGCAGAACGUUUAACAGGGGCUGGCGCCAGCAGCCAAACAAAGCACAUGACUCAGCAAGAGCAACAGGCAGUUAUUCUGAAAUUCCGACAAGGAGAAAUCAACCUCCUCGUUGCUACCAGUGUUGCAGAAGAAGGCCUCGACAUAAAAAGAUGCAAUGUUGUCAUCCGCUAUGGACUUAUCACCAAUGAGAUUGCUAUGGUUCAGGCCAGAGGACGAGCCAGAGCGGAGAACAGUGUUUAUUCAGUUGUUGCUAAACAAGGAGGGAGAGAGAUGCAACGGGAAUUUGUAAACGAAUUCCGUGAGGGUCUUAUGAAACGUGCAAUAGAGAAUGUGCAAAAUAUGCCUCAACGUGACUACCAAAUAAAGAUUCGAGAGCUGCAAAUGGAAGGAAUAAUCAGCCGGAAGGUGAAAGAUCAGAAGCAAAAUACCAUGAAGAUGGGAAAUCUUCCUGAAGAUGUGAGAUUUUACUGCCGGAACUGCAAUGAGGCAGUGUGCCAUGCCAGCGACCUCCGAAUCAUUGAGGGCAUGCAUCAUGUUAAUGUGAAUCCAAACUUCCAGAUUUACUACAAAGUUUUUGGGAAGGUCAACAUUCCGAGGAAAUUUGAAGACUGGGAACCAGGUGGCAUAGUCGCCUGUCGCAAAUGUGGUCAGAACUGGGGAAUACAGAUGAUCUACAAGAGUGUGCCCAUUCCCAGUUUAUGCAUCAAGAAUUUUGUGGUUGAGUUGCCAAACGAAAGAAGACCCUUCAAGCAAUGGAAAAGUGUUCCCUGCCAGAUACAGGACUUCAACUACAUUGAAUUUUGUAAAGACAACAUUCUAGAUCUCUGAAUGAACCUAAUAAACUUAAAGGAUGAAAUUUAGUUAUCAUGCUGUCAUCCAAUUAGUUUUUACUUCAGGCAUCAUAGAAAUGAAUUUACAUCCUCCAGUUUGCAAUCAUGAGAAAAAUCCAACAAACUAAAAUGUGUAAUGAUUUUAGAUAUAUUGAUUCCAGAGGUUUUUACUUCUGAAUACUACUUAUGGUAGUGAGACUUGCACUUAGACUAAAGCUACUACUGUAAUGGGUGCUUUGUAGCAAUAUCUUUAUCUGUAAUUAAGUUUUUGUUCUUAUUCAAAGCAAAGUUAAAAGCUGAAAACUGCUCCUCUUCUCAGGAUGUGGGCAUGCCAACUGAAUGACCUUUGAUGCAUUCUUGUAAAAAGCACUGUU